AUGAAGUUGGACGCCACCGACCUGCGCUACAUCUCCGCCGAUGCUUUCCGAGUCUUAUCAGCCGUAAGCCGACCCCGCACACGUACACGUCCCCCUUUCCCUCCGCACCUAAAGCCCUCCCUCCCUCCUCCGUUUCGUGGGUCAGGUCGAACAAGGAAGCAAGAACCAUGAACUCGUACCGACGUCGUUGAUCGCUCAGAUUUCGGGUGCUCGUUCGGGGGGUGUGAAUAAAGCUCUGGGCGAAUUGAGUAAGAGGAAAUUGGUCGGCAAGAUUCAGAAUGCGAAAUGUAGGUUACCUUGCAUCGCUAGGAGGACGGCGAAUCAUCGAGAGAGAGAGCACCUGAGAGCGCUGACCGCCUCGUGGAUGGGUUUGAUACUUGGUCAGACGAAGGAUAUCGUCUCACCUACGGUGGGUACGACUUUUUGGCCUGCCGCACCUUUGCGAAACGAGGCACCAUUUAUUCGGUCGGGAAUCAGAUCGGCACCGGAAAGGAGAGCGGUAAGAUACCUUUCUCGGUUCAGCAGCCACUUUAUCGUGAGCUGUUUCACUGAUCUUACUCUAUGCGGUGAAUACAGACAUCUACGUCGUAGCGGAUGACGAUGGCGCACAAAUGGUCAUGAAGAUUCAUCGGUCAGUCUUCAUCCCCCGACCCCUCAAACCCAGCUCAGCAUCUGAGUCCGAUCCCUCUACAGCUUGGGUCGUCUCUCCUUCCGAACAAUCAAAUCCAAACGUGACUAUUUGAGAAAGGGGCAAUCGGCUUCAUGGAUGUACAUGUCCCGUUUGGCCGCGAUCAAGGAAUUUGCUUUCAUGAAGGUUCGUUUUUCUUAUUUUAUUUUUCCAGUCAUCGAUCCUUCAACCCUCAAGCGCAGUCGAGCGAUCGUUGGACUGAUCAAAUUCUUGUGGGCCUCGUGGGGGGUCCGAUAGGUCUUGCACGAACAUGGGUUCCCCGUCCCUUCGCCGAUCGACCAAUCCCGUCAUUGUCUCAUCAUGGAACUCAUCGAUGCCUUCCCACUGUGAGUAAACGAUCGUCUCGCCCGAAUCUUUCAAUCAGAGGCUUAUUAAGCCCCCUUUCCAUUCGAAAAGACGCCAAAUCGCCUCCCUCCCCUCUCCCGGAACCCUCUAUUCCCAAUUGAUGGACCUGAUCGUUCGCCUCGCCAAAUCGGGUCUCAUCCACGGCGAUUUCAACGAAUUCAACAUCCUCAUCCGUGAUCACCGUACCCAAGCCGAGAAAGAACGUGAUGACGAAAGUGCGCAAGAACGAAUCGAAAGGAUCGAAAGGGAAGGCGGGGAUUUCCCCGUGAUCGUUGAUGUUUUGGAGUGGGAGGGGGAGGGGGAGACGAUGAGUGAGAUGAGGAGGAAGGGGGUUUUGGUCGAACCGGUUUUGAUCGAUUUCCCUCAGAUGGUAUCGAUCGAUCAUACCGAUGCCGAAUAGUUAGUUCUUAUCUCACCCAGUUCUUAUCUCACCCAAACCACGAUUCAAACUUGCGCGCUUCUUUGGCUGUUGGGUACUCAUCUUCCGGCCCCACAUUCCCCCCACGCAGUUAUUUCAAUCGCGACGUUUCUUGCAUCCGCACGUUCUUCCUCCGUAGGUUCAAGUACGAAUCGGCACUUUAUCCGAGGUUCUCGACGAUCAUGAGUGAGGGAGCGAGGGAAUUCGAUUUGGACGUCGAGGUUGCUGCGAGUGGAUUCACAAAGGGCGAUAGGGAAGUGUUGCAGGGGUAUUUGGAUGAGUUGAGGGAACGGGAGGGGCAGGAAGGGUUGGAGGGUAGUGAGAGCGAGGAUGAGGAUGGGGAGGGGAGUGAGGACGAGGAGGAGGAGGAAUUGGAAGUGGCCGGGUUGAGCUUGAAAGAUGAAAAGGAGGGAGAAGAGGACGGGCAAGAAGAGGGCGAGGGGGAUGUUGAAGAGCGGGACGAAGUCGACGGCGAAGAAUCGGAAGGCGAAUCCAACUCGGCAUCCGAAUCCGACCUGCCGAAUCACCGCCAACACCGACCCUCAGCGCGUCGGAUCCCACGCGAAACACCCGACGUCUCAUCCAUAGUCACCUCUUCCCUGAAGAAACAAAAAUCAUCUACCGAACGACGCCACCACGGUAAGAAACCUGUUACGGCGAAUGUGUUGGGGAGGCAGAAGGGGAGCAAGAUGAAGCAGGAUUCGAGGAGGGGGAUCAAGGAGGCGAGUUUCUUCUAG